GUGUUGUUUUGCUACCCGACCCGGCUGACCCUCUUUCAGUCUCUAGCUACUAACAAAGGGAAAUUUUGGAGCUCCGGUCAAGUUUAGAUCCCAGGAAUCCAAGGGUGUUGGCGUGGUCUUAAACUCUGAAGCUACACCAUAACGCCCAUCUCCCCCCGAGAUCCGAGACUCGGAACUAAGAGAGAGACACGGGCAACGGCUUCAGCAAAGAGAACUAACUGCCCGCCUCGAGUACCUCUCUCGCCCAUCUCCUCGGCUGCUCCAGCUUUCUCAUCGUAUCAACAACAGCCCAACAAAGUCAACAAGGAACGCAUGGUGUAGCCAAGAGGCCGCUCGCUUCCUUUCCUUUCACCGCCGCGCCACACUGGAAUUGAUCCUUCUCGAACUGUCACCGCCCGCCCUAAAAGCCCCGACUAGAGGCCGAUCAGUUAUGCCAUGAGAUUUCGCUUCGAUCCCACCUAGCACCACCAGCCUGUUUCGCCCCGGUCCAACCCGUCGGACGACCCGUCGAUUUUCCAUCCUUCCAAAAGACAUAGGAGUUUCCCCCGUCAUCGACCCCGACUCCCUGUCCCAGUUCCGCAGCGGGAACCUCUGUCAACAAUAUCAUUACUCGCCCCGUCCCGAACCGCUUCUCCAACAAAUACGAACGCGAACGAACGAUAAUAUAUAAAACGUCCCGAUGGAUCGCCCGCGCGGUCUGCCUGAUAAUCCAGGCCUGGUUCGGCGAAUGCCACCUGUUGGUCCCCAUGGGAACCAUCUGCCGCACCCGCCCCAUCGCGAUGCAUCGAAUUCGUCCCUGUCGGCCUCGCCGCCGCUAUCUUCCAACCAAGUCAUCGCCCUUGUGCGCGAGUCCAUGCGAGUUGCCCAUGAGAACGAAGCAAAGGCAACAGAGGGCAUCAGCACCCUCAAACCAGGACUCACCAUUGACUUGAGCAGAAAGAGGAUACAGAAGCUACCAGAUGAGGUGGUCGAUAUAAUCAAGGAUGAGUUGGAGAGGCUUGCGUUGUCACACAACUACAUCCAGACCUUCCCUGCCCGAUUCUCCGAGUGUACCUCGCUUCGUUACCUCAAUGUCAGGUCGAAUAGGAUAAAGGAGUUUCCGCUCGCGCUUUGCGACCUCAAAUCACUAGAGAUUCUGGAUCUAGGUCGAAAUAUGCUUCGUGUCCUUCCACCAGAUAUUGUGAAACUAUCAUCACUCAAGGUCUUCUCGAUACAGAAAAAUGAGGUCUCCGAGCUACCGCUUUGUCUCGCCGAUAUGCCAUCGCUCUCCGUCAUCAAACUCGAAGGCAAUCCCCUGGUCUUCCCGCCACCCCAAGUUUUCCAGGUGCCGCCGCCAAGUGUGCAAAACGAGGGUAUCUUGAAAGAAAGUGAAUUGACCGAAAUCACGGUUACGGCACACGUCAAGAAGUACCUCAAAGCAACAGCCAACAGCAUAUUGGAAAGAGAACAGGCCGAAUCGCCCAAUGACGAAACCGACGGAAUCGAGACACCACGACCGACCAUCAAGCGCGUGUUUAGUGGACGGUUUCCCAUCAAGGUCAACGGCACAGAUGUUCCAGAUCUUAGGUCGCCCAACUUGAUCCGUCCUCCGCCUAUCCCGAGCCGAUCGCAUUAUCGAGGUCUUUCCCAGCAGAGUUCGGCCCAACGAAGACCUGGUGUCAUGCCACUCACCAUUGGUAACCCCAACGAGCGAAUACGCAGCAACUCGGAAACAACUGGCGCCCAUCAUUCGAGCCGCGAGCGAUCCGAGAGCAGGUCCCGCCGUAUGGGUAUUGUCUCCAGAAAGGGCUCUGAAUUGGGCACUCUUGACGAGUUAGAAGCCAAGGAUCGAUUCAGCAUCCAUUAUCGUGGCCUCAGUCAUGGGUCGGCCAUGCAGCCUGGUAACGGCAGUGUGCCCGGUCAGAGCACAGCACCAUCAAGCCCAGCUGACUCGAUAUCCUUGCAACGCCCCAUCUAUGUCCGACGACUCUCGAUCCUACCCGAAAGGAGGCGUGAAUCCAAGUUUAUUGAUCCGGUACUGGAGGCUGCUAAGGGUAUCCUCUACUCCAUUUUCCAGAUUCACCCCAUGAUUCAGAUGUUGAUGGGCCUUGCAAAUGACGGCAGCAGCAAGCGCUCGAGUCUGGAGAUUGUCUUUUACAAUACCAAUGCUCAUGUGGAGCAAUUGGAAUUGGAAAUUCAAAAGCACGACCAAGCAGGAGACGGCGGGGGGCCGAGAGAGAACGAGAACGUGCAGAGGGCAUGCAUUACGCUGGUGCAAGCAUACAGCCAUGUGUGCUCCCUCCUGGCUAACAACGUUGAUCUUUUUCUCGAUAACGGUGACCCUAGGUACAUUCGCACUCUGUUGACGCAGCUUUAUAAUAGCAUUAUGGAGCUGCGUGUUACAUGCUCUCAGCCAUCGCCCGGAAUGCCUUCGCGCAAUGUCCCGCCCGUCCCGCCCGUCCCCCAUCGGCUAGAACUCGAGACCAUUCGACCGCACUCGCGAGACAACUCGGUUACUCCCACGAUCGACCGUCCACCUCAGACCGCGAGACUACGCAACCCUGGACCAAUGCAUCCUCACGCCAAUCUCCGUGUCGCGACGGAUGUACCACUGAUGCCGUACAACAACGGCAUGCACCGACAGGUUAUGAGCGCUGUUACGCCUCGGUCUGGGGAUCCUUUCCCCAUGAGUGCGGGUGGUAUGCGGAUGCCCAGUGACGAAGAGGAUCGAAUCUUCGAGAGAAUUUUCCUGGCUUUGAUGAAGUCUGCCGAUCUUGCCCUCAAGGUUUUGCCGAAUCUUAGUGCGCAGUUCAGCGUAGCUUUGCGAAAUGCCACGACGCAACGAGCGUCCGACCAUGUAGUGCACUGUUGGAAAGCACUCAUUGUGAAGUGUAACGACUCGAUCCGUCACACCGAGAUAUUGAGGGAGAGGUUAUCGACUAUCAAGCUAAAAGAACCGGGGAUCCGUGGACAGCCGGGGUUCUGGAGGAUGUGCAACGACUACAUCGACGCCUGGUAUGUCUUGGGUAAGAAAACUAUGCAGUUUCAAACCGAUAUCCAGUUGCCAGUCGAUGCCAAAUCCAGGAUGCGGCCCAUUCAGAAGGCGAUGAAGGAUGCAUGGGAGCUCAUGGUACACUCGCCGUGGUCUCACUUCUUGAAGCCGCAGCCUAGUAGCGGCGGGCAUGGAAGGGGCAGAAUGAGAGGGAGAAUGCCAGGUCCAGGAAUGGAAGGAGUUGAAGAUACCUCAAGCCCUUACAGCACGCAUGGCACCAAUACACCGGUACUGAUGCCUAUGACGCCGCAGAGCGCGGCCCUUGGUCCAGCCGUUCAGGCCACGGUACCAUCGACGCCCAAGAAUAGUUCGUUUUCGGCCGCGUUCAGCGGGGGACUGUUUGAGAGGGCUGAGACGCUCAUUCAAAUGGGAGGCCCGGGUAUGGGCAGCCGAAGCGGAACCAUGCAAUCGUCGUCAGCAGCAAGUCUGAACUCGAUUGGCACAACGCUCUCCGGGGACAGUGCUAUGACUCCGAACUCGGCACUAAGUCCGGGUCCGGGCUCACUAACGCCGCUUCCCUUUCGAAUGAACAGUGGGAAAAGUGGGCCUCUAGGCGAGGGCCCGUGUAUUCAUCAGAAAAAAGCACGUACACAUUGCACCAGGAUUUUUCAUACAGUUAUCAAAAGAGCUCCCCCAGGCUGCGGGUUCAGCGGUUGGUUGGAUGCGAUAUUUCUCACAUACAUGAGGCUACAAUGUUGUCUUGGUACAGAACUAGGUGGUCAGAGUCUAAGUCUUUGAAAAGACAAGCCGUUCCUUUUUUCUUGGUCUCAUUUCCUAUACUAUGUCUAUCUACACACAGCAUCUAGGCGUUCUUAUUUCCUAAACAAGAUUGGAGGAAGGGAGCAUUGAUGGGCAGGCCGGUUGAGACGGACAGGACUAGAAGCGAGCGAAUACAGGUUGCAUGACAAGGGGAGGCAGGCGCAGCGGCGAGUAAAGGUGAACACAAGACUGGCAUUUGCAAGAGAGAGGAAAAGUUUUUAAGUAUAGCACAAACCUAUAAUGUGUACAACCAAUUUCAAGUCCAC